AUGGCCACAGUUCCACCGAAAAUCAAGGUGCUGCUCAGUGGAAAUGAAAGGUUGCAGAAACUGAAAGAGGCUUUUCAUGGAAAAUAUGGACAAAUGCCUCUCUUCUACGCUCGUGCUCCAGGGAGGGUGAAUUUGAUUGGUGAGCAUAUUGAUUAUUGUGGCUAUGCUGUCCUUCCAAUGGCAAUAGAGCAGAAUAUUCUUGCUGCAGUUUCUGUCAGUGACUCCCAAACAAUCCAGCUGACCAACACUGACCCCAAAUACAAGGAUUUCACUGUGUCUGUUGAUGGCAUCACCAUUGACAGAGAUAAUCCUCAAUGGUACUAUUACUUCCUUUGUGGAGUGAGAGGAAUCCAGGAGCACUUGAGCUUGUCUUCAUUAGCAGGGAUGUGUUGUGUGGUAGACGGGACUGUCCCGGCCAGCUCAGGGCUCUCCAGCUCCAGUGCCCUGGUGUGCUGUGCAGGUCUGGUCACCAUGGAGGCCAAUCAGAAGUCUCUUUCUAAGGUGACUCUCGCGGAGACGUGUGCCAAGUGUGAGCGUUAUAUUGGCACUGAGGGGGGAGGGAUGGAUCAGUCCAUUUCUUUCCUGGGCGAGGAGGGAACAGCAAAGCUGAUCGAGUUUAACCCGCUGCGAGCCACAGACGUGAGGUUGCCCGACGGGGCGUUCUUUGUAAUCGCCAACUGUUGUGUGGAGAUGAACAAGGCGGCCUCAUCUCACUUCAACAUGAGGGUGGUGGAGUGCCGCAUUGCCACAAAGAUGCUGGCUAAAGCGCGAGGUGUGGACUGGCAGCGUCUGCUGAAGCUGGGGGAUCUGCAGAAGGAGCUGCAGGCGAGUCUGGAGGAGAUGCUGGAGCUGCUGGAGGAGGUGCUUCACCCCGAGCCGUACAGCAGAGAGGAGAUCUGCAGGACUCUGGGUAUCAGCGCAGAACAGCUGGCUCAAAACAUCCUCAGCGCCAACACACAACAUGGUGAGAGAGCAGUUAAAGACAACCGGAGGAGCUCAAAAUCUCCUCUUACUGGGAAAUAA